AUGCCGCAGGUCUGGAAUCUGGAAGGUAGAUUAGAAGGCAGAGACUUAGGCCCUGAACGCUUCCAAUUUCGUUUUGAGUCGGAAAACGACCUCCUAACAGUCUUAGCUAAGGGGCCCUAUCACCACAAGAAAUGGAUGCUUCUCCUCCAAAGAUGGGAGCCGACCAUCUCCCCAACCUUUCCCUCAAUGAUCUCCUUUUGGAUCCGGAUUCACGGCAUUCCACUCCACCACUGGACAGAUGAAGCCCUCUAUGCGAUAGGGAAGGCUUUAGGACAUGUCUCCACCAAGGACGUUAGAGAGUCCCGUAUAAGGGUGGCUCUGAACGGUCUUCUACCCCUAGAGAUGAACUCGGAAAUCCAGCUCCCCUAUGGGGAAGUUAUGGAAGUGUCUCUCCUCCACGAAGAGAAUGACUGCCCAAGAAGACCCCAUGGUAACGCCCCACUGAAAGAUAGAAAGUUGGGUAUUACUCAAGCUUUGGCUCUAGAGCGUAUUGAAGCUGAAAAACGGCGCCAUGAUGAGAGACAAGGGUACAAAACCCUUGACGCACGUUGUCCAGGCCAGCUAGAAGGAAAGGCGGCUCCACCUCGCCAGUCUCACCAUUCCUCUGAGAAUAGAGGCCACUAUGAACUCUCUCGUCGAAACAACUCAGAGCACACUGAACGCUCAAAUAUGUCUCAAAUUCCAUACGGACGUCGGAUCUUAACUCUAUACAGGCCCCGAUUCCUUUCAAGAGACAGCCUACGACAUGCUUCACCAAACUCUCGAUCAUUUACCUCUCAGAGAUUUCCCCCGAGAACCAGAGCGAAGAACUAUCGCAUCGUCCUCUCCGUCUCACCCAUCGGGCAACUCUAA